AAGAGAAGCGGCAGUUGUUCUCACUUCAGUUUCUGUGUUUGAGUUUUACUGGAGGAAGUGCUCUCUCUCUCUCUCUCUCUCUCUCUAUAGUUCUCUGUCUCUCUAUCUCACAGACACCGAGCUUCACUUUGAGUUUGUUCCCGCCGAAAGUGUGGCGAUGUGCGGGGACAGAGAGCCGGAGGCGCCGCUGAGGAGGAGGAGGAGGAGCCGCUGAGCUUUUCAUCGUCUCCGUGAGAACCGAGGACGCUUUUAUCCGCCGACAGAGACACAGCGGGGAAGCGACUGUACGCAGCAGACAGAGUGCAUGAUGGGAUCUUUCCGGCGUCCCAGGCCCCGGUUUAUGAGUUCUCCGGUUCUGUCGGACCUCGCCCGGUUCCACGCCAGCUCGCCUUCUCUACAGAUCUCCAACACCAGCGUGUGGAACAGCGUCCAAUCAGCUGUGGUCAAGGUGUUCCAGGGCGGAGCUCUGCAGACUAACGAGCUGUUCACGCUUAACGAGAGCAUCAGGUGGCUCCUAAAAACAGAGAUGGGCUCCUUCAUCACCGACUACUUCCAGAACCAGCUGCUGACUCGAGGUCUGUCUGAAGUCCUGGACCAGAUCCUCCUCCACUCCGGUGACGAUCAGCUCGCUGUGCUCGCGGACAUGUGGGACAGAUUCUUCACAGAGACCCUCCCCACCCUGCAGGCCAUCUUCUACCCCGUCCAGGGUCAGGAGCUCACGGUGAGACAGAUGGCUCUGCUGGCCUUCAGAGACCUGGUUCUGUUGAAGCUGCACCUGGAGGAAACUCUAGGAGCCGCCGCCUCCGUCCCCCCACCUGUCACACAGAUGCUGCUGGUGCUGCAGGGUAUCCAUGAGUCCGGUGCACCCAGUCUGGAGUAUUACCAGCUGGAGCGUCUGGUGGAGAUCGUCGUGUCUCCGUAUCUUAGCAACGUUCUGCAAAACAGGAACCAGCAGCUUUUAGAGUCCCGUCAUCUGCGGUCGUCGGGGUUGUUGCUAGGCGACCAGCCAGAGAUCACCAUCACUCAGCAUCACAGCUCCUCGGACUCGUCGUCUCUGGCCCCCCUGGUGGAGCAGGAGGGCGAGGCUUACCUGGAGAAGGUGGGGGGGGUGCGGCGCCACACAGUGGCCAACGCACACUCCGACGUCCGGCUGCUGUCUGCGUCGGGCAGGAUGCAUGCUGGGACAGAGAACGACAAUGGGGUGUUGGUAGGGGGCGGGUCGAUGACUCCCAGGCCCUUCUCCAGCCAACCAGACAUGGUGGAGUCUCCGAGGGGAGGAGUCAUCUGCCUCCCCGACAGCUAGCUGAGGAACGACAGUCAGACGUGACGGAGAACUGAACCCGACAUGAUGACAGACGACUAAUGAGACAAAAAGACAAGAUGGACAAGACAACAAACGACGAGGAGACAAAACAAAACAAGAGAACCCGACAGAACCCUACAGAACCUGAGGAACCCACAGGAACAGACUGUAAAUCACAGUAUCAGACGCUUCAUGUUUUGGUGAAUUUUCCCUUUUGAAUAAAAAAAUGAGGGGGGGGGGGUCCAGGGUCCACCUGGUGUUUUUUUCUACUUUUUAUUCCUCUGUGUGACAGUCGGAGUGGCAGCCAUUUUGUUUUCAGGUUGUCCGUCCGUCUCGUUCUCAUGGACACGACGUCUCAGUAACACUGCGAUGGAACUUCUUCAAAUUUGUGAAAUGCAAACGUUCACUUGGACUUGAGGAUGAAGUGGUUAGAUUUUGGGGGUCAAAGGUCAAAGAUCAAGGUCAGUGUGACCUCACAAAAAGCUUUUUUAGCCAUAACUCAAGACUUCACAGAAACUUUCACACCAAUGGUUCAUAUUGUCUCUGACUCUGGAUAAACAGGAAGUGACCUGGAACUAGUCUGAGUGGCGGAGGGAUACGACCACGAGGAGGCGGCUCUACUUCUUUAACUGGACAUAAAAAUGAAGUUGGUCAGGUCGUGAUCGUUCAACAGAUCAGCUGUGUCGGGUUUAAACUGUGAGGGAGGAGCAGAGGGAGAGAGAGGUAAAGAUACUGAGGUGAAGAGGACAGGUGUAUACAGGUGUAACAGGAAGUGUGUGACUGUAGUCUGGCUACUUAUUAACACAGUACACAGCUCAUAGAGAUGUUUAAGGAGGAUAUUUCCACACCUCACAAGGAUAUGAUCAUCUGACGUCCAUGGCGAUCACACGUCCGUUCACUGGCCCUGAAAUCACAGAAAAAAAAGACACAUCUUCUACUUCAGAGCUUCAUUGAGAAUCUUCCUGGUUUCAGCUUUUCUGUUGAUGAUGAUGAUGAUGCGGAUGAUGAUGAUGAUGAUGUGGAUGAUGAUGAUGAUGUGGAUGAUGUGGAUGAUGUGGAUGAUAAUGAUGUGGAUGAUGAUGAUGUGGAUGAUGAUGAUGUGGAUGAUGAUGAUGAUGUGGAUGAUGAUGAUGUGGAUGAUGAUGAUGAUGUGGAUGAUGAUGAUGAUGAUGUGGAUGAUGAUGAUGUGGAUGAUGAUGAUGAUGUGGAUGAUGAUGAUGUGGAUGAUGAUGAUGAUGUGGAUGAAGUUGACCACGGCCAACAAUUAAAAGUGGUGUGUAAUUAAAACCUAGUUCAUAAUUGUAUUGUAGCUGAUGCAGGAGAGAGAGUGUAUGGGUGUGUGGCCAAGCAGAGAUAAGACAUUCAAGUGACGGUGAUGUAAUAUGUUGCAUUAUCAAUAGUGAUGCACGGGGGGGGGGGUACACUGUCACCUUUCCCUCCCCACUUGAGUUUACAGCAGGACAGGAAAACAAACACACGACGAGAGCAGCAGAAAACACAGAGGACAGGAAACGAGAGGAAGGAGGACGGGACAGGAAACAGGACAGAGGAUGUGAUCGUACCAGACUCUUCCUGUCCCACAGCUCCAGCAGCUCUGACUGUAACUGGGCCGGACACACUGUGACUAGGAUUGUACUAAUCCUCUGGUCCUGGAUCUGCUCUGACCCCUCAGGUCAUGUAAAUAUCUUCUCUUUUAGACUUGAUACUGAACAAUAAAGAUUAAAGUGAAACUCAUUAAAAAGUUGUUAUUCUUCUGCCUUCAGCUUGUUUUGUUUCUGGAUCGUCUGGUUGCAGCAGUUGUGGUAAACGUUCGGGUGAAAUGUGUUGCCCAGUGUUUGAAUGAAGUCCAGUCAUAAAUGCAGUGUCACACUCACAUGUCACUCACUAUAAACUGGUGAGUGUCUCUCAGUGGGACAGAGGUAAUAAGGAUAUACUGUACAACAUGAGUUAAUGUUUAGUUUGAGUUCAUCUUCACACACGUCAUGUAUGGAUGUGAUGUAGUCCCAUGAGGAACAGUUGUAUCACCACGUGUUGUAAGUCUGACAUGGUUAAAGUGUAAAAUGUGGUCACCAGGAAGGAUUCCUUCACACAGUGGUAACUUGUAUGUACAUCAUGCUUCUCGAUAUAUAAAGAUAUCAAUAAAUGACUCUGUUUCUGUUU